AGAGAGAUCCUGGCUCUUAAAAAAGAAACACGAAGUCUUCCUUCCGAGGACAUAAAAAAGAAAAAAAGGCCCCUCUCUCUUUGGUGCUGCCUAUGGAGGUGGCAGCCAUCUCCUCCUCAGCAUCAUGGCCGCCUUCAGACUCCUCAUGAAGCCCAAGGUCAUCAAAAAGAGGACCAAGCUGUUCAUCCGGCACCAGUCAGAACAAUAUGUCAAAAUUAAGUGUAACUGGAGGAAACCCAGAGGAACUGACAACAGGGUUCACAGAAGCCACUGCGCCUGCAAGGGCCAGAUCUUGAUGCCCAACACUGGUUAUGGGAGCAACAAAAAAACAAAGCACAUGCUGCCCUGUGGCUUCCAGAAGUUCCUGGUCCCCAGCAUCAAGCAGCUGGAAGUGCUGCUGAUGUGCAACAAGCCUCCCUGUGCUGAGAUCACUCACAGUGCUUCCUCCUGUGCUGAGAUCGCUCACAGUGCUUCCUCCAAGGAGCGCAAAGCCAUCAUGGAAAGGGCAGCCCAGCUGGCCAUCAGAGUCACUCACCCCAAUGCCAGGCUGCACAGUGAAGAAAAUGAGUAG